UUCGUCGAGGUCAUGUGGAGCCCCGCCGCCUCCUCCUCCCUGCUUCUCCCGGGCUUGCCCACCUUCAACCGGCUGUUGCGAAGGGAAAUUCAAGUUUUUUGUCGAUGGGGGGGGAAAAGGACGGGCGACGUGCUCCCCUGCCGUUUAGUAAGUAGUAAAGAAAAAUACAGGAGGUACGCGAAAGCUUACCCUGUUUUAGAGGGACGUAUCCUGUCUGUGUACCGACAUGUGUUUGAAGAAAAUUUAAGGAACAGUGAGGCUGUUGUUAAAAGAUACUCAGAAUUGCUAGAGAUGGUCAGCAAAGGAGGGGGAGAAAGUGCCAUCGUGCGUCAUACCCAGAGAAACAAGAAGCUGUUUGUUCGCGAGCGCCUGAAGUUGCUCCUUGAUGAUGAGCCUUUCCUUGAGCUGUCUCCGCUGGCGGGCCUCAACAUGCCGUACGGUGAUGUCCCCGCUGCUGGGUGCCUGACUGGAAUUGGCAAAAUCUGUGGCGUCUGGUGCGUCGUGAUGGCGAAUGAUGCGACUGUGAAAGGAGGAACGAUUUAUCCGAUUGGAGUGAAGAAACAAUUAAGAGCUCAAGAAAUCGCCAUGCAGAACAGACUGUUAUCUGUUUACCUCGUUGACAGCGGGGGAGCGUUCCUACCAUUACAGUCAGAGCUCUUUCCUGACAAGUUGCACGGUGGCAGAGUUUUCUACAACGAAGCGAUAAUGUCUGCCAUGAGAAUUCCUCAGGUGGCAGUGGUGUGCGGCUCCUGUGUGGCUGGAGGUGCCUACGUUCCCACCAUGGCCGAAGAAGCUGUGAUCAUAGACAAAAUUGGUACGCUGUUCCUUGGCGGCCCACCUCUGGUAAAAGCUGCUACGGGAGAAUAUGUCUCUGCCGAGGACCUGGGAGGAGCUAAGCUUCACUCUGAAGUCAGUGGCUGCACUGACCAUUUUGCAGCUUCAGAAAAGGAAGCCUACGAAUGCAUUCGAAAUGUUAUCUCUACGUUAAAUUAUGAUCCACUGCCGGAGGACGUCACAGAGCCUGAUGCUCCUCUGUAUAGUUCUCAUGAGCUCUUGGGACUGGCACCGCAUGAUUAUCGAUACACUCUUCCUGUAAAACUGAUUCUAAGCCGGCUGAUGGAUGGAAGCAGAUUCCAGGAAUUCAAAGCUAAUUACGGAACAACGUUAGUAACAGGCUUUGGCCAUGUGGAAGGGCACUUGGUGGGGAUCGUGGCUAGCAACGGGGAGCUGUCUCAUGACGCUUCUCUCAAGGGCUGCCACUUCGUGCAGCUGUGCAGCCAGCGGAGCAUUCCCCUCCUCUUCUUGCAAAAUACUGCUCCACACACAGCAGAGCCCACAAGCAUCUCACAGGCAGAGGCUCAUUCCAACAGACUAAAAGCCCAGGCCUCCAUGAUGGCCGCUGUUGCUUGCGCUGCUGUUCCCAAAAUAACCAUUGUCAUUGGUGGCAGCUACGGGAGUGAGAGUUACGUGAUGUGUGGGAGAUCAUUCAGUCCAAACUUUCUGUUCUUGUGGCCUAACGCGAGAGUUGCUCUUGUGGAUUCGAGACAUUUCUCCCUAGUCCCACGAGCUGGGGACAGUGACUGUGCAGGAGAUGAAUCAGAGCUAAAACAUCUGAAAGAAAAGCUAGAGGAAGAAAGCAGCGCAUUUUACUCCUCUGCCAGACUCUGGGAUGACGGUGUCAUUUUACCUCAGAAUACUCGAAAGGUGAUUGCCCAGUGCUUGGAGAUUAUAGAACAGCAGAAGCACCAGGUCGUGUCUCCGUGUCGGUAUCCUGUCAUCAGAAUGUGA